AUGACUUCCUCUUCGCAUGGUGUCAUGAAGUUACCGAUUUGGUCCGAGACAACCACAACCGGCCCAAAUCCUCUGGACAAACACAUCAAUGAUAAAUUCAUCACCGUCGUAGUUUACCCUCGCCGGGCCGUCACAAUCUUCCCCGAGCCUGAGAACGGCUUGGAUUCGAACCAUCGACUCAGCCCCUGGAUCGUGGAGAAGGUUGGCUCGCAAGAGCAACAAGAAGACCAGGAGCAAAGCGAGGCCCCCGCUCCUCUCCGAAGCGAUGCUGCUGCAAAAGAGACAGAGGACAUAAAAGACGCAACUCAGGACGAAAUACAAUCAAAGGCGCGUUUUUGGAGUGAAAACGCCGCUACUUCCAAAGCAGCAUCCAGCCCCAUUCCAUCCGCAAAGUCCAAAACCGUCCCCGUUACAAAGUCCACCCAAUCCGAAUGGGGCCUCGACAAGGGUUCCAUCGCCGCGGUCGUCAUCAUCUCAAUCUUGACCUUCGCCUGUCUCGCUUUUCUGGGAUAUUGGUACGUGGCGAGAGAGUGCAAAACGCGCCGCCGCCGCCGACUUCGUGCAAAUGACAACCAAUUCGACCAAUCUUCCCUCACACUAGGCGAAGAGGCCAGCAAGGCGCUGGAUGAGUUUCUCAUGAAGGAUGUCGAGCCAGAGCGCACGUCCAUCAUGUUCAGUCGCAGUCGCUCACCAUCCAUCACCUACGCUAUGGACCAAGCCGAUCGUCCAAGCUCCAAGGCCUCUCGAAACAGCUACGAGGCGAGUCUCAACAGUAUACUCAGAAUGGACCCCUUGGCUCGUGAAUCAGCAGAUGGAGCAAGACCCAGCUUCAUAAUCUCAGAUCUGACCGAUUCCUCCGGCUCAAAGACCACCUCCAGUGGUUCGAAAACCGUCUCAAAGAGUAGUAGCUCGAGUGGUUCGAAGAGUGGUUCAACUGAUUCAAAGGGCAGCGACUCGACACCACCAACAACAGUAUCAACCGCAACACCUCGUGGAUCUCUACAACUCUCACCGCGAGAAUCAGUGGGGUCAAGCACAUUCCCUCCAACUGUGCGAUCCUCACAACUCUGGGCAACAACAUCAGCCGAGACGACAGAAAUGAGUUCCCUUCUCAGCAAUGACCAGAAAAGCCCGCGUUCCUCGCUUUCAAGUUCCUACAGCUCAAAUAUGUUACCUAGUUCGGUGAGCUCGCUGGUCCCUUCUUACUCUCGUUCCCAGCGUGCGUCCAAUGCAUCCCAGUCUUCGGGUCGAUAUUUCGUUCAGAACACCGUUCGCUCUUUGCCCCGCAUGAUCAAUGAUUCUGGCAACUCUCGUCGCAAUCACCACAGGUCUUAUAGUAGCCGGUCUAUGACUAUCUCGCCCAUUGAGGAGUCUCCUGACUCUUUGGGUACCGCGCCACCGGCGUCGAUGUUCCGGUUUUCUGAUGCUUCAUGA